GAUGACUUUGCCAUAUUAUUGCCCUGCUUCCUUACUUGGCUAGCUGUCACAAAAAGGGGCUCAGCCAUUUAACAGUUUGGAGAGAGAAAGUCCUCGGACUUGUGGCAGAAAUAAGGGGAUUAGUAUGGUGUCGGAUGGAGAGCCCUCGGCUUUUUGAUGGGGACCCUGAUAGAUUAUCUGUGAUGUUGACUUACAACAUUAGUGCGUAAUCAGCAUAAUUGCCUACUGUUUCUGGUGAAAAGACUCCCACUGGACAUCUUAUCUGGCCUAUUGACGGCCCGGUCCUCAACCAAAGUGACAGUGAUUUGGUGGCCUAGACACUGGGUAGUAUAAUGACUGAGUGUGUGUAUAGACCUUGAUUAUAACCAGCAUAAGAUAACGGUGUACAAAUAUUGAACAUUGUUGAAUUUCAAACAUUUACUCUGAGUUGUACUACAACUUAGUGGCCUUUUGGAGUAAAUUUCAAGGGUGUGACUUCUCUAGCUGCAGGUGUUAAAUUUUUAGACAUGUUUGAUUCCUGGAAUUCUGUAAGAUGGACCGAGGAAAUGUUCCAAAAAUUGUAAUAUCAUGUGAGCAGGAUGUGUUGAUAAAUGAAGUGGACGACGGACAGCCGUGUUUGGCCUGUGGAGAGAGAUGUUCAGGGUUUACCCAACACAAAUGGAGGAACACAUGCAAUGUAUGCAAAUGUCCGAGGGAAGUACAUGACAUCUACAACGAAAACUUUGUCAACAUCCGCGACAGACUGGGAUGGAAACGAGACAAUGACCCCACCGCUCAGGUCAGCAAAGACCGCACCCUCAGGGAGGGGUACACCUGGAUCCCCCCAGGCUUGACCUCAGACCAGAUUGAGGAGUACAUGGAACAACUUCCAAACCACAAGAUCCCCCUCCUGGGUCGCCCGGGGGAGAGGUACCGAGACAUCCAAAUCAUCAGGCAGCUUCCCAAACAAGACCUCUCUGUGGAGUACUGUAAAAUGCUCCACUCCAGUAUAGAAAAGAAGGAGUAUAACAUCUUCAGGGAGCUGAGGGACAACAUUGCCAUGGAUAUAGGAAUGGUACAUGAGGCCAGCAGUCUGUCUACGUGUGACCAAUGUAAGGGUGAGAUUGAGCCUACAGACCUGGCUGUGUUCGCCCCUAAACUGGGAGCUGAGCUGUGCUGGCACCCUCCCUGUUUUGUGUGUUCUAAGUGUGAGGAAUUACUGGUGGACCUUGUCUACUGCUGCCACACAAAGAAACUGUUCUGUGAACGACACUACGCUGAGCAGAUCCGCCCAAGAUGUCCUUCUUGUGACGAAUUAAUAUUUUCUGGAGAGUACACUAAAGCUAUGGAUGAGAACUACCACAAGGAUCACUUAGCCUGCCACAACUGUGACAAGAAACUGGUGGCCUGUCGCUACAUCGUCAAGGACGAGAACCCCCACUGUAUCCCCUGCUACCAGGAACUGUAUGCCCACAACUGUGAGGAGUGUAAAAAACCAAUAGGACCCGACUACAAGGAUCUCUCAUAUAAGGACCGCCACUGGCAUGAAUUCUGCUUUAAGUGCUGCGAGUGCCAGAAAUCACUGGUGGAUCAGCCAUUUGCUCCCAAAAAUGACAACAUUUACUGCUCCGACUGUCACGACAAAAACUUCGCCGCUCGCUGCGAUGGCUGCGGAGAACCUUUUAAAGGAGGAGAUGAAGAGAGAGGCAUAGAAGGGAUGAAGAAAUUCGAGUACAAGGGAAAGCAAUGGCAUGAGGAAUGCUUUGUGUGUAUGGUCUGUAAACAACCUAUCAGGAACAUGAGCUUCAUCCCGCGGGACAAUGAGGCCGUCUGUGUACCCUGCUAUGAGGAACAGUUUGCUCAGAAGUGCUCUAAAUGUAAUGGGGUGAUUAACAAGGGAGGCGUGUCUUACAAGAACUCUCCCUGGCACCGGGAAUGUUUCACCUGUACCCAGUGUAACAAGGAACUGGCCAAGGAGAAGUUCACAUCCAAGGACGACAAGCCGUACUGUGCUGAUUGUUAUGGAGAGCUGUUCGCCAAGAAAUGCUGCCGUUGUUCCAAGGCUAUUACUGGUUUUGGAGGAACCAAGUUCAUCUCAUUUGAAGACAGACACUGGCACAGCGACUGUUUUGUGUGUUACAAAUGUGACACAUCCAUGGUCGGGAAAGGUUUCCUUAUGAACGAAGGAGACAUCUUGUGCCCCGAAUGUGGCCGCAAUUAGAAAGAAUAGACACUAUCAAUAAUUAAAUUUUAAUUGCUUUAAUGGCAGAUACUUUAUUUUAGAUCUUUCACUCUUUAUUUAUAUUUAGUUAUUUUUCAAAGGUUGAAUGUUGACUAUUUCAGAUGCUUUAUUUUUGUUUUAUUGGAAUUUUUAAGAAAGUAUAUAUAUCUAUAUUUGUGUCUUUGUUUUAAUUUAUACUUCGGGAUUUUUCAUGAAGAUCUCCACUGGAGAUGUAGAAAGAUUGUGAUGGUGAAAAGCAUGCAAAGAUAGAUAACUCUUGCCAAACAAGUUUGUGCUGUUGACGUUUGUAGUUCCCUCCCCCUGCCAUUUAAAGUCAAACACAUUUCACUGUCACUAGAAUAUUUUUAUUACAUUUAAAUACAAUGCAAAGCAUUUGAAGACAAUGUAUUUUUUUACUAAAAUUUAACUGACUGCCAUUUUUGUUGAUAUUGCUUUUGUUUGCAAUGUUAUUACUUUUAUGAAAAGUUUAAAAAAAAAACUUAAAAAUUAAAUGCAAUUUUAUUUUAACAUCUAUAAGUAAUUGAUAUGCAUGUAAGCAAAGUGUAGUUUAUAUAUUGCUUUAUUGUUAUUUCACAUUGAAAAAGAGAAAAAUGUUUACCAGUUGCUUAUAUAAGCUUUGCUUUAUAUACAUAGUACAUGUACAUGCAAGUGACUUCAAAAUGAAAACCUUUGUUUAUGAUUAUUUGCAUUUAUUUUCUCCACAAAAUCUGUUUUUAUUCCAGUUUUAAUUUGUGAUAUUUGUCCCUUAUAAUGAUCAUAUUUUAAUUUUUAAAAAGUUAAUGUUCCUGCAGUUUUUAUACCUGCACUGGAAUCACAAUUAUGAUUAAUGCUUAUUUGAAAAGAGAGUCAUGAAUAGUCACAUUAUUAAUAUUUUGCCUGCAUGUUAAGCUCAUGCUUCAAUAUUGAAUUUGAUGUUUGAAAUUUUCAAAAGUGUUAUGAUGUAUUUCAGUAUUAAUUGUUAUUGUUAAAUCAAAUGAGUGGUUUGGUUACAUAGGUUCACUAUUAUACAAGCUCAACUUCGUUAUCUCGAACCUGAUGGGACUGAGAAAAAACUUUGAGAUAUCCGAGGAUUCGAGAUAUUGAAGGUUAAAUACUUAAAGAAUAUGUGGUUGGGACUUCCAAAUCACUUCGACAUAUCCAUGGUAUUCGAAAUUUCAGUGUUCAAGAUACCGAAGUUCAACUGUAUUUUGAUUGUUCAGAAAAUGGAUUGUUUCUAUAUUUUGGUUUUCUUGUAGUACUAUCAUGUUCCGAAACCAUUGAUUACAACAUUUACUGCAUUUGCCAUUGUAAUUUUAAAAGCUACAUUGACUGGUCAAGUUAAAUAAAAGAUUUUCUGUAGGCAAUGUUUUGAGAUAUGAUUUGUAAUAUAUGGUUGCAAAAUGAACAAAAAUGUACUUGUUAAGAGAAUAGGUGUGUUGUUGGUGUAUAUAUACCACCAUUAGUGGGAAUGAAGAUUAUUUCUGGAUUAGAGGCAUCACUGAUUCUGCAACAUUUCACUUCUUGAGCUGCUUCUGAAAAGAGAUGUUGAAAUUAUGUUGAAACUGUUUAAAAUAUCUGCCCCUUUUCCACACUGUUUAGUUCAUUUCCUGUUAUUUGUCCCAUACAUACUGCUAUAAGCCUGUCUUUUCCACACAAGGCUCACAUUUAUCAUUGAUUUGUGUGCUUCCAAAGUUCUGUUGCCUUGGAAUAUUCGCUAUUUAUGAACGUUAAGUAAAUUGUUUUUAAGAAUAUUUAUGUCAGUUUCAGAAGAAAGUCAGACAUUUUCUGAUCAAAUUUUAUGUAUUUCAUCAUGUAAGGUGGAUGUUAAGUAUAAUAAAGCUUGAUGAAAAACGAUAA